CCCUUGAAAGCAAAGCAAGACUCAAAAAAAGGAAGAGAGAGAGAGAGAUGGAUCCAGACGCAGUAGCCAAGGCCUUCGUGGAGCACUACUACUCCACCUUCGACGCGAAUCGUGCAGGUCUUCUCUCUCUCUACCAAGAAGGAUCCAUGCUCACCUUCGAAGGGCAGAAGAUCCAGGGCUCUCAGAACAUCGUCGCCAAGCUCACCUCCCUCCCUUUCCAGCAGUGCAAACACAACAUCACAACCGUUGAUUGCCAGCCCUCUGGUUCCGCAGGCGGUAUGCUCGUCUUCGUCUCCGGGAAUCUCCAGCUCGCUGGCGAACAGCACGCUCUCAAGUUCAGCCAGAUGUUCCAUUUGGUGUCGAACCAGGGAAACUACUACGUGUUCAACGACAUAUUCAGGUUGAACUAUGCUUGAGGAAUGUGGUGGCAAUGGGAUGGGUAUUAUAUGAUGAACCAUCGUUACGAAAGCAACAAGUUACUGAUGGUAUCAUGGGGGUUAAUUUAUGUUGGUUUUUAGUAGAUUUGAGAACUAAAGCUUGUUUUAGGUGUGUUGCUGUGUGUCUUUAUUUUAAUCAAUGGAAGGUCUUUGUUACUUUGGUUGAGAUGACUCCGUUUGUUUUCUGGCAUUGAUCCAUGAUUCAGAAAGUGCUUAUUGUUUAAGGAUAAAAACACCAAGUUUUCUUGAAAUAUGGUUCUCUGUUGGAACCCUUUUACGUCUUCAAAAGUUUGUUAAAACACCUAUUCUUUUUGAUUCUGAUCUUCUUGCAAAGGAUAAUGCCUAUAACUGAAAGUUUAAAUAGUUAAUGCGGGUGACCAUGUUUCCA